GUACCCUGGGAGUUGUAACUGAAGUGGUGCUGAAAAUUCGGCCUCUGCCUCGGUGUAAGAAAUAUGGUUCCAUAGUGUUCCCAGACUUUGAGACUGGUGUGAGGUGCAUGAGGGAAGUAGCCAGACAGCGCUGCCAACCGGCCAGUAUUAGGCUGAUGGACAAUGAACAGUUCCAAUUUGGCCAAGCCCUUCGGCCAGAAACUGGUUACUUUGGAUCGCUCAAGGAGGGUCUCAAGAAAACCUUCUUGACAAAACUGAAGGGCUUCAGCCUGGACCAAGUCUGUGUAGCAACACUGCUGUUUGAAGGGGACCCAGAAGGAUGUUGCCAGUCAGGAGAAGAGGAUUCUACAAGAUUGCAACGGCAGUUGGCGGUCUUGCAGCAGGAGAAACUAAUGGAGAACGGGGCUACACUUUAA